ACCUCUCACGCUCAACAUCAACGAGCGUGCCCCCAUCUAUAAGAUCACCUCGAGAGCCAGCUGACACCACUCACCAUUGGGGUAUUCAUGUCACUUUCCGCUUCCGCAUUCUGCUGUCUAGUCUGAAGCAUCCCCGACGACAGGUCCGACAACAGUCACCGUUCAAAACGUCAUGGAGCAAAUAAUCGACAGCCUGGACACCCCCUCCUCCUGGUUUGCAAUGCUGUUUGGGCUCGUCUGGGCCGCAGUUCGCGCUGCGCUGACGUUGUGUAUUGAGCAAGGUGCGUGCAUUCACAGUAGCCGAAAGCCAGGCUUAUUAUUCUGGCAUCAAAGCCUGAGACGUGUAUCCCAAACACGAAUGUAUUCAUCCGUGCGAUAUCUCCUCCUGCGUUCUAUCGAAUCCCACCAUGCACACAUCUAGAUACUUUCUACAGCAAUGUUUGAAUUGUAAGUCAAACUGCAG